ACUUCGCAACGUGGAUCAGCAAUGUGGUUCUUGAACAUAUUUUUCCUUUCAGUGUGAAGAUGCAGAAAAAGGUCGUCAUGCUUCUGGCCAAUACAAAGAUUUGGGGUACUGGUCAACAUUUGGCAUCACUCAUCCGCUUAUCGAGCAUGCAAACGCCGUUGCGCUAACGACCUCGAGUGUACCAGUGUACAGAUGGGCAGCGCCCCAAAAUGUAGUGGUUUACACAGUUUGUGUUCCUUGUAUACGUGCAUUCUCUGUGGCUAGUUUAUUCGGGAAGCGAGAUUAUGUUAAUCUUACAUAUCCGGCGAAGCGUGCGCACUACCUUUGCAGCACUUUGGUUGCUUUGCGGAACGUGCACAACGAAUUCGACGUGGAUUUUCAUCCAGGAUUUGCGGGCGAUAAAGUGUUUCCGAUUAUCAGAGUUGCUGAAACCUUAAACACAAAAAUUAGUACAGAUGUGAAGGCGUUAAGACGUAAAGCUGUGCUUACAGAGAGGCCUUCAAAAUUCCGAGGCACUUGGACUAAAUUGUUUUCAGGAGAGUAUAAAUUUAUAAUCCGAUUAUUUCGAUAUAAUAGAACUUCUACAAUAUUCUUAUUUCAGCGUAUUCAUGAAUGUAUGGAUGAACGUUUUGAUAAUAUGUACAUACAGCAUCUGCAAUGUGAAAAGCUUUCUGAAAAAAUCUUACACUUUUUAAAGUUGCACUUUGCCUCAUUUCUUAUCGGAUUUCGUGUUGGAAAAGGAUGGGCAAAUCCAAUUACUGUAGGCCCCUUGGCGACAGACCCUAAGGCUAGAGGUCGGUGUGAUUUCAAAUUGAUUUUAUUUUUGCAUUUUGUGUACAUCUGUCUAGAACUAUGGAAAGAGAAAACGCAGCUACGAAAAUUUGCGGAUGCUCGAAUUUGCGAGUGUAUGAUUUGGGCAGACACCACAUCGAUGGCAGUUCCUUAUUCAAUUCUUCAGUUCAUCGUUGCCAACCACUUUAAUCUGCCAGCAGAGUGCAUAUCUUGGCGGAGUGCCCUUCCAACGGAGUUCUUAUCGCGAAGAGAUGUUAAUGUGAACAUCACGUCUGCGUUUGCUGGUCUCAGCGCUAUACUGAGAUCGGCCAAAGGUUUACCGCUUAUGAUCACUAACAUACAAGCCGUCAUAUAUCUAAAGUUGGAGUAUUCGGGAAAGUGGGGAGAUACGAUUGAUGGUGUGUUGCAUUUAUCUGCUGCUUUCUACAUAGAGGAUGGCGUGGCGUUCAAACUUGUCUUAGUGCUUGACAAAGUUUUGAAAAUAUUGGAGCGAAGAGUGGCUGAAAUGAAGUCUAAUGGAGUGUCCCAGAUGGAGAUGACCCGUCUACAAGCUUCGUUACAUUCGUGUGCGACCAAAUACAUAGCCUAUGGGGAAACCGUUCAAAUAUUAAAAAGGUACGACUUAAGCUUAAAAUUCUGUUGUUUUUUCUUUCUUACAGCUUUUUUGCACUGUUUUCCUUGUGGUUCAAUUUUUCUGCCAAGAUGUUCUAUUUUUCCUUUAUACUCGACGACGUCAUUAGCAGCAUUUCGUCGUGUACUUGAGCUGAUUUGUAGACAUAACUGGACUGCUCGUCCGCUUCUCAUUGAUUUUGACAACGCGUGGGAUGAGAAAGAAAUUGCAAAUUUGGAGGAGAAAUUUGUAAAAAUGCGUCCAAUAUUGCCACCAAUGGUGAUCAUAACGAAUGAAGAUCCUACUGGAGCUAGGUAUGUACUAAGAUGUUAUCCUGCUUCGGAAUAUAAUUUUUGGUGGAUGUCCCAUAUUUUCAAUACUAUAUUUUGCGCGUUGCCUGUGCUGAAUUUCGAUCCUGUCGAUGAUUUCGUUUGCGCUCUUAAUGCACACUUUCAACAUGUUGCCUUAUUUUUCUGGAACAAGUAUGGUGGUGACCGUAUUGGAAUUAAAUGGAAACCACAUGAAAUAGAUGUACCGGCAAAGUUCAAUUGCAGCAAUUCUCCAUCCGAUGUCUUUCCAAAUAACCUUCUGUAUGUGCCGAAUGUACGUACUGCAUCACUCAACUUUGAUUCGAAUAAGAAAAACCUGCAUUUCUUUGGUCGGAUAUUUCUGUGUAAAGCUGAUUUUUUAAAGCAAUUGAUACGUCAACCCAUCUGUUUAGAAGGUGUUUUAAUACGACGUUUGACAUUUUUCAUUGAAACUUCACCGUUUAUAAUUAUGAAGCGAAAAUUGCUACUAUCAAGCAUCCAAAACCAAGGUCUUGCGUAUUAA